GCAAAUUUCUCACAAAUCAAUAUUUUAGAACAUAUCCCUGCGUUGAAACUUCCUUUGGCCCAUCGGAGAAUUUCUAUUGCAGGUCCUUUUGUUGAAUUACUCAUAAUUUUGAAAGGCAAUGCUAUCCUAAUUCUUUGGACACGUGGUUCGCUCCGAGCUCCUGCUUGUCGCCUCUCACAGUCUACCGCCGUUGACCUUAACCAAGGAAGAAGUCUACAGGGUAAACAUGAGCGUCGAGUCCGGAUCAAGCGUCAGGAAUGAUUCGCAACAAGCGCCCGGUCAAUCAUCGUCGGCGAGAUCCUCUACGUCGAUUCCAAAUGGACCCCACGCCGAGACUGCAAACUCGCAACGACCGGUCCCCAUAGCGGUGGACCCGAUCGCCUUGGUGACUUCAGAAUGCAUCACGGUUACUUCGUCGAUGCGAAAGCAUGCAAGAUGGGCACAUUCCUCUGUGGCAGCUAUUCUGGGAGGAAGCGGGUCGUCAAGGCCAUACGAAUUGGAUGCUUCGACGCCCCCCAGCCCGCAGCAUGGCUCAUCCGGCCAAAAAGCCAACACCGGGUUAGCGCCUCCGAGAGCGAGUACUGCGAGCAGUGAUCUAGAUCUUGUGCUUGCUGGAAGAUGGGGUCUACGGGGAAAGAAAGGGAAGAGUAUGCAGGAUAACCCUCUUAUGUCGGCCUUCACACGACUGCGUGUCGACUUGAAAGAAUGUCGUGAUAUACGCACCUUCGAUACACCCUCCCUCCUUCAUCCCUUCCUUCAGGUUAUCCGCUCUUCGUCCACCUCCGCACCCAUCACUUCGCUGGCCCUAGUCGCGAUCACGAAGUUCUUUGCCUAUGGUAUCAUUAACAAUGAUUCCCCGAGGCUAUCAAUGGCACUCCAGCGAUUGUCUGCAGCUAUAACGCACUGCCGGUUUGAAGCUAGCGAUUCCGCUGCAGAUGAGAUCGUUCUGUUGCGGAUUCUAAAGCUUAUGGAGGGAAUGAUUUCUAGGCCGGAAGGAGAGCUGCUCGGAGACGAGAGUGUCUGCGAGAUGAUGGAAACUGGAUUGAGCAUGUGCUGUCAGGUUCGGCUAUCGGAAGUCCUUCGGAGAUCCGCUGAGAUAGCGAUGGUGAAUAUGUGCCAGGUUAUUUUCCAACGUCUAACUCAACUAGACGCAGAAGCAACGUCUGGCGAUCAACUAGCUAGGGACGAUGAGUUGCUUGAUGAUACAAAUACCUUAAAGAUGGAUCCUUCAGUCGACGGAGAUACUGUGGCGUCUCAACAUCAAUCCAGCUUAGACUCAGAUACUUCUUCUGCUGAGCCGCCACGCCCUAGCGGUGAUGGACGACCGAGCACGACUGUAAAUGGUGACGGAACCAUCCAGCCCGAGGAGUUCAUGUAUCCUGAAGCGAAGCCAUACGGUUUACCUUCCAUCCGGGAACUGUUCCGCGUGCUUAUUGAUUUGCUUGAUCCUCAUAAUCUGCAGCAUACAGAUGCCAUGAGAGUCAUGUCCCUGAGAAUCAUUGACGUGGCUCUAGAAGUCGCGGGCCCAUCCAUCGCAAGACAUCCCAGCCUUGCUCAGCUCGCUCGGGACUAUCUGUGCCGAUAUCUGUUCCAACUGGUGAAAUCGGAGAAUGUAGCUAUUUUGAACGGCUCUCUCAGAGUCGCAGGGACGCUCUUGUCUACUUGUCGACACGUCUUAAAAUUACAGCAGGAGCUAUUCCUAUCCUACUUGGUUGCAUGUCUGCACCCACGGGUAGAAAUACCCCGGGAACCUGGAAUCGAUCCUGCGCUCUAUGUUGGCGUUCCACAGGCCCCGAAACUAGCGAAACCGUCUCCUUCGCAAGCAGGUAGCGGACGGUCGACUCCUGUUCCCGUCAAAGAUCGUCAAAAGCUUGGGAUGGAAGGUGGAUCUCGAAGACCUGAGUCCAGGGAGGCUAUGGUAGAGAGCAUAGGGGCUUUGGCACGAAUUCCCAACUUCAUGACAGAGCUUUUCGUCAAUUACGAUUGUGAAGUCGACCGAGGUGAUCUUUGCGAGGACAUGGUUGGGCUAUUAUCUCGAAAUGCAUUUCCCGACUCCGCGACGUGGAGCACAACUAAUGUUCCACCACUUUGCCUCGAUGCUCUACUAGGUUAUGUCCAAUUUAUUGCCGAUAGGCUUGAUGACGAACCAAAAUACGAAGGACUCCCUGACCUCUCGCGAUUAAAAGAGCAGAGACAGCGAAAGGCAAUUAUAAUUCAAGGAGCCACGAAAUUUAACGAAGACCCUAAAGCUGGAAUUGCUUUUUUUGCUUCGAAAGGGAUCAUUGAGGAUAUCGAAAAUCCAAAGCUAAUCGCAAGAUUCCUCAAGGGUACGAGUCGUAUUUCCAAAAAAACGCUGGGGGAAUACAUUUCCAACCGCAACAAUGAGAAGAUUCUGGAGGCAUUCAUGGAGCUGUUCGAUUUCGAAGGCGUCGGCAUUGUGGAUGCCCUUCGACACGUUCUGGGUUCUUUUCGGCUUCCGGGAGAGUCUCCUUUAAUCCAACGGAUUGUCACCGUAUUCGCUGAAAAAUAUCUUGCUGGAGGCAAGCCCAAAGAAGCCGCUGACUCGGAUUCUCUUUUUGUUUUGACUUACGCCAUUAUAAUGUUAAACACCGACCUACAUAACCCCAACGUAAAGCCCCAAAAUCGCAUGACGUUAGAAGGUUUCACUAAAAAUCUUGGAGGAGUGAACGCUGGCCGCGACUUUCCAGCUGAGUAUCUGGAAGGAAUUUAUCGCUCAAUUCAACAAAAUGAAAUUAUCUUGCCUGAUGAGCACGAAAACAAGCAUGCGUUCGAGUAUGCGUGGAAGGAAUUGCUGAUAAAGGCAACCACCGCUGGUGACUUAAUACGAUGCGAUUCUAACAUAUUUGAUGCCGAGAUGUUCGAGGCGACUUGGCGUCCUGUGGUAGCUACUCUCUCUUACGUCUUCAUGUCUGCAUCGGAUGAUGCGGUGUUCUCCAGAGUCGUCAUUGGAUUUGACCAAUGCGCGAAGAUUGCCGCGAAAUAUGGGCUAACAGAGGCGCUUGACCGCAUAAUAUUCUGUCUUAGCUCCAUUAGCACUCUCGCCUUGGAGGCCCCCCCUAACACUUCUCUCAAUACAGAGGUGCAAAUAGGGAAGAAAACGGUUAUGGUUAGCGAGCUCGCGGUGAAGCUAGGAAGAGACUUCAGAGCACAACUUGCUACAGUUGUUUUGUUCCGCGUGAUCUCAGGCAGCGAAGCGGCCAUCCAGAACGGAUGGGGAUAUGUCGUCAGGAUCCUUCAUCAUUUAUUCAUAAACUCUCUCAUCCCUCAACUCGAUAUACGAGACUCCGGUCUUGAUAUUCCCCCGAUCCCCCUUCAACCACCCUCCCAAGUUGUUGACAGAGAUGGGCGUAGUAACGAGGCGGGCUUGUUCUCUGCGUUUACGUCCUAUCUCUCCAGCUACGCGGCUGAUGACCCCCCUGAGCCGUCCGAUGAGGAAAUUGAGAACACAAUGUGCACUAUUGACUGCAUUAAUGCAUGCGGGGUUUCUGACCUACUUGAGAGCAUAAGGUCCAUUCCCAUAUCCUCCAAAUCUCAUCUUGUCAGCGCUCUUCUUGCCAAACUUCCCGAUACGAGUCCUGCUGUCAUUACUGUAAAAUCCGAACGCCCACAGGUUCAUUCAUCGAGGGCCGCAACCGGCAAAACGAACAUUACGAAGCCCGCCUAUAAACCAGGAACGGUUUACAUACUCGAGUUAGCGACAUUGCUUGUGUUACGAGACGCUGAUACAAUACAGCAACUGGGGGAGAAUCUGAUGCGAACAUUGCAAGACAUUAUUCGAGACGCUAAAAAUGUACACCCGUUGAUGCUUUCUCGCGUAAUAUAUUAUCUUUUGGUUCUUCUGCGUCGCAGCUACGAAUAUUCCUUUAUGAGGCCUCCAGUUGUUCUCCAUUCCAUAUCCAGUUUUGAACAAGAUACCCUUGAAAGCGUUGCUGUCCCAGUAAUCACUGGUCUCGCAAGCAUUGUCAGCGAGGCUCCACUCUGGAAAGAAAUUACGAAAUACCCAGACUUUUGGUCCAUCCUUCAAAGAUUACAUCAACACCAAGACGGAGCUGCCAUGAUAUUUGAACUUUUGCAAAAUAUUAUCGAGUCUGACCCCGCGGUGGUUACUGCGGACAAUUAUGAGGCAGCAGUUGGCCUCGCGAAUGACUUUGCAAACUCCGGAAGCAUUGUGGCUUCUCAAGAAUUGCGGUAUGAGUCUUCAGUGAGAAGGUCUCGGUCGGUCAAAAAGUCCAACAAAAUACAGGAUAAUCCUUUCGUAAUCCGGGGCACAAAAGCGAUAGGGAUCAUCUUCCACAUGACUGCUCGUGUACCGACGCUCAUUAGCCAGUCGCAUCUAGAACGAAACGAAGCAUGGGCUGCAUAUUGGUCCCCAAUAUUCAACGCUCUUACCACCCAAUGUCUCAACCCUUGUCGAGAUAUCAGGCAUCAGGCAAUUUCUGCCCUGCAACGAACGUUGUUAUCUCCGGAACUUGCGUCUACAGAUCAUAAGGAAUGGGUGGCGAUUUUCAGCGAAGUCCUAUUCCCGUUAAUAUUGCGCCUGCUUAAGCCGGAGGUCUACCAAUCGGAUCCAGUCGGCAUGAGCGAGACCCGAGUUCAGGCAGCGACGCUUGUGUGCAAGGUAUUCUUGCAUUAUCUUGUCUUGCUGUCCGAAUGGGAGGGUAUGCUUGACUUGUGGUUGAACAUCCUUGAUAUCCUGGACCGCAUGAUGAAUAGUGGGCAAGGCGACAGUCUUGAGGCGGUCCCUGAGAGCUUGAAGAAUAUACUUCUCGUGAUGGCAGAUGGAGGAUACCUAUCACCUCCAAGCGAAGAUCCAACCAAGGAGAAGAUAUGGAUUGAGACCCAAAGAAGACUAGAUCGGUUUCUUCCCGACUUGUUCAAGGAAAUAUUCCCGUCGGCUUUUGAAGAAAAGGCCGCCCCGACAGCAUCAGCGCAUGACCAACAUCCACAUCCUACAGCCGAGAGGGCAAGCGAUGAGAAAUCCAGCGACAAGGGUGACCAAGCCCUAGAAGAGGAGGACAACGUGGACUAAUACUAUUAUCAAUAUGAUUCAUCCCUUUUGUGCGCUUUGGGCCCCACAAGCGGCAAUGACUUUUGAUAGACAAGCUGCAAUGAAGGUGUUUGUGAUAUACUAGAGUGAAUAGAGAGUUGUGCUGCUGAGCGAGUCCCUUUAUCAGAAUGGCGUAUUAUGCUGUCGCUCGGUACAUACUUUCAUUUUUCCGUAUUGAAAUUCUGCCUGCUGAGUUAUGGACUAUUUCCGUCCUAACUACUCCGUACGGAGCAGGUUAACUAACUCUCUAGUUAACUGACUGAAAUCCCAUCUGAUGAUUAAUUAACUAUAUACCUCUC